UACCAGCUCACCAUUGCUGCGCCAGCAUCUCUUAUGAAAGCCAGUGACGCUUAGUCAUAGCCAAAACUUACUCACACACACACACAAACGCUUUGAUAAAGAUAAAUAAAAGCAAGUGGGAAGCAAAACAAAUAUAUACAAUAUGUCUUAUCACAUUGUAGAUAUGACCGAUCCUGCCGAGCCAGAGCCUGUGGUGCUCGCCAAACACGCAAAAAAUCUGCUGCGCUUCCUGCACUUGUUGCCUGCGCGCAUGUCCUCACAUGACGACACCAGGAGCACAAUAGUCUUUUUUGCCGUCUGUGGCCUGGAUGUGCUCAACUCUCUGCACUUGAUAUCGCCAGAGUUGCGCAAGGACAUCAUAGACUGGACCUACGGCGGCCUCGUAACGCCACGUGACCAUGAAAGGCAAUGCGGAGGCUUUAUGGGCUGCCGCGCCAUGGUGCCCAAGACGGAGGACGCUGAGGUGCUGGAAUCUAUGCGCGCGUAUCAGUGGGGCCACCUGGCCAUAACAUACACCAGUAUUGCAGUGCUGGUGACGCUGGGCGAUGAUUUGUCGCGCCUGAAUCGGCAGAGCAUUGUGCGGGGCGUGGCGGCAGUCCAGCAUGAGGAUGGCAGCUUUAGUGCCUCCAUUGACGGCAGCGAGAAUGAUAUGCGCUUCGUCUAUUGUGCCGCUACUAUUUGCCACAUGCUCGACUGCUGGGAGGGCGUGAACAAGGAUGCCAUGUUUGAGUUUAUAAUGCGCAGCCUGCGCUACGAUUACGGUUUCAGUCAGGGGUUGGAGGGCGAGGCGCACGGCGGCACCACGUUCUGUGCGCUGGCCGCACUCGAGCUGAGCGAGCAGCUUCAUCGGCUGGACGAGGUGACGGUGGAACGCAUAAAGCGAUGGCUUGUUUUCCGGCAAAUGGAUGGCUUCCAGGGGCGCCCGAACAAGCCAGUGGACACCUGCUAUUCCUUCUGGAUUGGCGCCGCUCUCUGCAUUUUAAAUAGCUUCGAACUGACCGACUACGCUCAGAAUCGCGAAUACAUUAUGAGCACAGAGAACAAUCUGAUUGGGGGCUUUGCCAAGUGGCCGAAAUCCACGCCAGAUCCCUUCCACACGUACCUGGGCCUGUGCGGCCUCGCUUUCAUCGGUGAGCCAGGCCUGAACGCUGUGAUGCCCAGUCUGAACAUCUCCAUGGCCGCCUAUAAGCACCUCAAUCAAUUGCACGAACGUUGGAAAACCAACAACAACGGACUUACCCACGAACUAACCCAGCUUAAGCUGACCGUGGGCAGCAGCGCAGAAGCGGGAACAAAGACUACCUCGAGCUCGUCUCUAAUAUCAGCACAAUGAUGGGAACGUUCCUGGGAAAUAUUAAUGCACACAAUUUGUAUUUGUACGCUUAUUGGUGGCAAUUUUUUUGCAAAAACAUUUUAUACUACGAUUUGUAUGUAAGUAAAAAGUUG